AUGGCUUCAAUAAACUUACUUGAAACUUCCGCAGCCAUCUUUUGCUUUCUCAUCAUCAGUUACUUGUUUCUCAAGAAACCUCAUGGUCCGUUGCUUAGAGACUGGCCGGUUCUCGGUAUGCUUCCCGGUGUGCUCGUGAGGCUUCACCGUGCAUAUGACCACAUCGUUGAGGUUCUCGAGAACUCCAACUUAACGUUUCAAGUCAAAGGCCCAUGGUUGACUGGAAUGGAUACAUUGGCGACGGUUGAUCCAAAUAAUAUCCAUUAUAUAAUGAGCUCAAACUUCUCAAAUUACGUCAAAGGUCCUGAGUUCCAAGAAGUUUUUGAUGUGUUCGGAGACGGGAUAAUCACCACGGACUCGGAGCUCUGGAAGAAUCUGAGGAAGUCUUAUCAAGCCAUGCUCCAUAGUCAAGAGUUUCAAAGGUUUUCAAUGAGUACCAUGAUAAGUAAACUCAAGGACGGUCUUGUUCCUCUUCUUGAUCAUUUUGCAGAGGAAGGCACAACUGUCGACUUGCAAGAUGUGUUUGGGAGGUUCACUUUCGAUACAAUCUCAAUCCUUAUUACCGAUUCUGAUCCUAGAUCUCUCUCCAAAGAAAUGCAUGAGGAUGAAUUAGCUAAAGCUCUCGACGAUGUUGGAGAAGGGAUCCUGUAUAGACAUGUUAAGCCAAAGUUCUUGUGGAAGCUGCAAAACUGGAUGGGUUUUGGACAAGAGAAGAAGAUGAAAGAAGCUAAUAAAACUUUUGACCGUGUGUGCGCGAAGUUCAUAUCAGCCAAGAGAGAAGAGAUAACAAGAUGUCAAGGUAUUUCCAAUGGAGAGAGUGAGGAUCUUUUAACUUCUUUCAUGAAGCUUGAUACGACCAAGUACAAGCUUUUGAAUCCAAGUGAUGAUAAGUUCCUUAGAGACACUAUCUUAGCUUUCAUUUUAGCCGGGAGAGAUACAACUGCCUCCGCUCUCUCUUGGUUCUUCUGGCUUCUCUCUGAGAAUCCACAAGUGGUAGCCAAUAUUCGUCACGAGAUCAUUAACACGGUUCUAUCAAGCACCGAAGAUGUCCAAGUGAAUUCAGACAAGUUGGUGUAUCUACAUGGUGCGCUUUGUGAAGCAAUGAGACUAUAUCCACCAGUUUCCUUUGGGCGCAAGUCUUCUGUGGAAUCAGAUGUUCUUCCAAGUGGCCAUAAAGUUGAUGCAAACUCUAAGGUUAUUAUCUGUCUUUAUGCGUUGGGAAGGAUGAGAGCGGUUUGGGGAGAAGAUGCGUUGCAGUUCAAGCCGGAGAGAUGGAUAUUAGAGAAUGGAGGCUUAAAACAUGAGCCAUCCUUCAAGUUUGUAGCGUUUAAUUGUGGUCCUAGAACUUGUCUAGGUAAGAAUUUAGCUAUGACUCAAAUGAAGAUAGUGGCAGCGGAGAUAUUACAAAAAUAUGACGUUAAGGUUGUCAAAGGGCAGAAGAUUGAGCCAGUUCUUGGUUUUAUAUUGACGAUGAAGCAUGGACUUAGAAUCACAAUUACUAAGAGAUCCACAGCUUGA